CCCAAAUUUAUUCCAUCCUAUCCUCCUCAUCAAUCAAAUUUCACACACACACAAUCUUCAAACAACUUCAAGUUAACAUACAAAAAGCGAUUUACUAAUUUUUAAUUAAUCAGAAGAUCGAUGAGAUCACCUUCUAUUAAAUCAGUAACAACAAAAAGAAGCAGAGAUGCUGAGUCUGAGUUGAACUUGCCACCUGGUUUUCGUUUCAACCCCACCGACGAGGAGCUCAUCGUUCAUUAUCUGUGUCGAAAAUCAGCUCCACCUUUGUCGAUUAUAGCCGACGUCGAUCUUUAUAAACACGAACCUUGGGAGCUUCCUGACAUGGCUUUGUUUGGAACAAAGGAAUGGUACUUUUUUACACCAAGAGACAAGAAAUAUCCGAAUGGGUCCAGACCAAAUCGAGUCACAGGAAACGGGUAUUGGAAAGCAACAGGGGCGGAUAAGCCCAUCAAGUCUAAAUCUGACCCGAAUACGACUGUUGGGAUCAAGAAAGCCUUGGUUUUUUACUCGGGAAAAGGGACUAAAGGAAUCAAGACAAAUUGGAUCAUGCAUGAAUAUAGACUUCCCACCCCAAACGAUUAUCAACAUACUAAAGUUUCCAAGUUGAAUGAUUGGGUUUUAUGCCGUCUUUACAACAAGAAAAACAAUCCGAAAGAGAUGGGCAUACAACAAAAUGAUGACAUUCAACAUAGUCGUGAUCUUCAUCCACAAUUGCCGUUAGGUGAAAUACAAAGAGGGGAUAGUUAUACUAACAAUAAUAACAGUGAAAGUUUAAAUUCGUUUGAGUAUUCCGAUGGCGAAUUCAAUGGUAAUGUUGAAAACAGCAUCAUGUUUUCAAGUGACGAAAACAACAUGAGACUAGCUGAAACUUUGAUGCAUAAUGUUGAUGAUGAUCAAGAUUUUGGAAAUGAGUGGCUUGACAGUUUUAGCUUGGAAGAUCUAGACCGUUUUUUAGAAACAAUGCCUCCUAAUCAUGACAUUUAUAAAAUGCCAAUGAUAGAUUAUUAUUCAAGUCAACAACAAUAUUCUUUUUAGUAUUUUGGGAGCUAUUAUUAUUGAGUACAUAUCUAUAUGAUCCAUGAGUUUUGGAGCAGAGUUUAUUCAUGAAACUUUCAAUCAUGUAAAUACCUUCAAAUA